AACCCAUGCCAGCAUGGAAAAUGGACAUUAAGUGAUGAUGACGAUGAUGAUUACUGUGAUUUUUUUUUCUUUCCCUGGUUUAUCCAUGUCUCGUCUCAGCUCCAUCCUGUAGCUUAGAGACAAAACAGUUUCCCCAAACACAUGAGCUGUGCCAAGUAUUGCUACCAACUGAUUCCUAUGAAGUUUGGUAUUUGCAGCCUUUGAUGUCACAAUAUUGCUUUCUUUGAGAUGGGUUAGGCUGGGUUAGACAUGCUCUUGAAGGAAAUCUCUGUCUUAGACCGAAAAGAGGAAGGUGAGCUUAAAAGCAAACAAAACUACAGGGCACUGAAAAGGAAGCAUGAUAUUGAAAGAAAGGGCCUGAAAGUAGUAGUGGAGGAACUGAACCAGCACCUCGUUGCAAAGAAAGCAAAAAUGGUCACCACCAGAAUAGGUUAUUCAGGGUAGAUCAGAAGAGAUUCUAUAAAGAAAUAAAUGGAGAGUGUACAGAUGAAAAGUUGAUGCCAAAGGUUUUGGAGUGACAUCUGGAGCUAGUUAAGUCCAUGAGAGAUGGUUAUACUAUAUCCAUAUAAACGUAUAAAUAUUUGUAUAUGUGUAUAUAUGCAUAUAUGUGCAUAAGGAACAUUAAAAAGCAAAAAGCUAACUGGAAAUAUUUUGAGUAAAGACAAAAUUAAAUUAGGGAAAAGACUUCAUAAUAUUUUUGUAACUUCUGGAGAUGAGAGAGAGAGAGAGAGAGUGAGAGUAAAAAGAAAGAGAAAAGGAAGAGAAUGGAAGAAAAGAGUGAGAGAAUACAUUAAGAGUGAAGGAAGAAAGAGAAAAUUGAGAGAAACAAAUUAACAGAAAAGCAAGAUAAAAUAUAAAGAGAGAGAGAGAGAGAUAAAAGAAGUAGAGAAAAGAAAGAGAGAGAGAAAAGGGGAGAAAAAAGCGGAAAUAGAGAGUGAGAGGCGGUAGUAAUAUCGACCAAUGAGAAGAAAGAUAAGUCUUCAGUGCUGAACGUUCUGGCACGAAAUUCAAACAACAACAACUGUAAACCGAAUGAGGUUGUCCAAAUUCUCUGACCGUCAUCAUGAUGUCCUUAAGGAGUAGAAUCCAAGUAUUAAAUGAGAUUGCACAAGAAGAAAAGGCUGAGUACAGAUCUCCGGAAGAGCUUUCGAAAAUAGCAGCAUUCAAUGAAGCGAAACGAGAGAAACGGCGCCGGAAAAUCAUCAAAGAAAUCUUUGAAACUGAGAAGACUUACCAAAACCUCUUGGACAUUAUACACAGAUUCUUCUAUUUCCCGCUGCGAUUUGACUGCAUCAUUCCAGAGGCCGUCCACAACAAACUGUUCAGUAACAUCGAACAAAUCCAACAUGUGAACAUAAAGUUGCUGGAUCAAAUGGAACAGAACACCAUAGGACAAGCUUUCCUCUCCCUCGGGCCUUUUCUCAAACUCUACUCCACUUAUGCUAAUAAUCACACUCAAGCACUUGCCACAUUCCAAGAAUGGUUACAGAAAAGCUCUGAAUUUGCUGAGUUUAUCCAAAACCAAGAAGCCAGGCCCGAAGUUAUGGGAUUAAAGUUCAAUGCAUUAUUAAUCACACCUGUUCAAAGAGUUCCAAGAUAUAAACUGUUGUUGGAAGAUUUACUGGAACACACUCCCACCUCUCACUACGACUACCAUGACUUACAAGAGGCUACAAAAGAAAUCUGCAACAUAGCGUUCCACAUCAACGAGCAUGUCCGACAGCAUGAAAACUUCCAGAAGAUGCUCACCAUUCAGAAAUCUCUGGGAACGACUCCGAAAAUCCUGUCUCCUGGCCGAGAGUUUAUUCGAGAAGGAGCACUCCGAAAAGUCGCUCGUAAAGGAGGCAAGUCUCACGACCGGAUGUUCUUCCUCUUCUCUGACAUGCUCAUCUAUGCCAAACCAAAGUUGCUGGACACUUGCAAUUCUUACACCUGUUGCUGUGUUUUGCCUCUGAGACACUGCACCAUACAGCGACUGUUUGAAGACAAUAAGGAACUCCACAGCGGUGGGAUGUUCCAGAUCACCUGUAAAGAGGAGUCCUUAGUUCUGUAUUCCCUUGAUCCUGCAGAGGUCACAGCCUGGAUAGAAUGUCUGGAAUUGACAAUUAAAAAGCUCACAGACAAUCGACAGACAUUAAGGAAACCCAGCAGUAACAAAGUCCCACUGCGGGGCCGUACACUAUUGAGGCAGAAGAAACUUGACAAGAAAAAUAGCCGGAAGGUACGACCAACAAUUCAGAAAUCCCUGCUCUUUACCCAGGACAAGAACUCCCCUACAUCUGAUGUAAUGGAAUCAGAAGUCAAAGAGUCAACCCCAAUCCAAAAUUCAAGGUCUCAUUCACCAUUCCGUGAACCUGACACAAUUCUAGAUUCUUCAUUCAAAAGAAAAUGGGAGAAGGAAGCAUCUGAAAUUGAGAAACAACUCUCAUCAGAACUGUGGUCGUCCUCUUUGGAUUGCCCAGCUGGGGCUGUGUCUUCCCGUCAUGAUGAGAUGGAUUCUUUUAUGUUGGUUGAUGAAGGUUUAACAGACAACAUAGGCACCGACCUGCUGACACCAGAAAACAAUGAAAACAUCAACAACAACAACAUCAACAACAUUGACGACACACCUCAGCUCCCUCCCCAGAACAACAUUCGAGAAGGUCGACCACGCCCACUUUCUCAGUUUUUCAAUGCAGACCAUGAGGACCCACCACCCACAAGGUAUAAAUCCCUCAACAGUGUCUUCUCUUCCACCAGACGACGUUUCCAAGAUCGAGAUCAACGCUGUUCCUUGCAGUAAAUUAUUGAAAUUGUUUAUUUUUACAGUUUUCCAUCGAAUUCUUCCUCUUCUUUGCUUUCAUCCACAAUAAAAGCCAACCCACUCCACCUCCAGUAUUCCAAUCGCCACCCCCACCUUUUUCUGUUCUCUCUCUGACCAUUCCACUCUCCUCACUCUUUCCGUUCUCUCUCUCUCUCUCUCUCUGACCAUUCCAGCCUAUAACUAAAGCUCCCUUCUCAAUCUUCUCCAAUUUCUCUUCAGGUUCUGAUUUAUCCCAGAAGCCAAAGCACCAAACACUGCCAUUGAGUUCUGGUCCUUGUUUAACCAUUUUCAGAUCUAAUCCUGAGUUAAAUCUAUUUUUACCUUUCAUUGCCAUGAAUUGACCCAUUAGCUUUUAAACUGGUCAUAUCCAACCCAAACAUUCUGUUUCAUGUUCAAACUGACUAGAUCCAACCUCUCACACCUAACCUACAAUGUCAUUCUGAAAAUGAACAAUCACAUCAUCAAAAUCUCAAAGCCACAAGAUAAUGCAGGAUUAUAUUCAAAACCCUCUAAAAUCCAUGUCCUUGUCUCUAUGGAAGUAAUUGUUUGUCCUAAUCAACAAGUUCUGUAGAGGUGGUCAAGACUGGAUAAUACCUUGUGGCAUUUAGAUUUGUUCUAUUUAUCUCCUGAGUUCAAUUCCUGUUACAGUUGUCUGGGUCCUCUUUUUUACAGGGGUUAGUCUCCUCCCUGGUCUAAAGAAGCCAACAAUUCCAACAGCCUCUGCAAUUGAUCUCACUUCAGGAAGCUCCCCACCAAACUCCACCUCACUGGGCCACACCAACCAAUGAAGAGGACUGUUUAUGAUUGCUCAGUCUGUUAGAAAUAGCAGCCAAAUUUCCUUCAAACCACACUCUGCCAUCUUUGGAUAAUGUGCUCCUGGUAUUCCCUGUUUGUAGGAACAAGGCAGGACGGUCACAAUUGGAGUGGCUUUGAUCAUAGAUUUCGCCAGUCAAGUCUUAUCUGAAGCAGAACAACAACACUGAACAUCAUUCCAGGGUUCCACUAUAACACAUUCCAUCACACUCCACCACUCCUCACUUUGCAUUGAAGCCACACUCCACCACAUUAUGAUCUCCCUCUACUCACCUUACACCACUCCAUUAACAAAGGCUGGAUGAAAUAAGUCCUCUGCUGUACGAUGUGUUACCUGUUUGUUAGCACACAGUUAUUGUCAAACAACUAAUGUGACUGUCUUUAUAACAUUUCUAUAAGAUGUGAUUGAAAAAAGCUUACUGGGUUGAUUAUAUGAAAGUUACCCUUCACUUGGUGAAUGAUUCCCUUUGUUGCCAACAUGGUAAACGGCUCCCAAAUCCCUCUUCUUCUCCAUACCAUUCUUUUGUAACUCCCACUCCCACUGUUGAUGAUGUUGCCUAGGUAACAAAAUCUAUCAACUGUUUUUAACAAGUCUUCUGACCAGUUGAAGCAAUUCUUGUCCUGGUUGUUCUUCCUGAUAAUCCAAUUUCCUUCCUGCACUCCACUUCCUCCUCCCCCCCCCUUCCUCCUCCCCUUAUACUAAAUCCUUUUCCACUGAUCCUCCUUCUGUUUCUAUUGCAUCUCUUGUCUACCCACGCUUUACAUUGAAUGUUGGCCAAAGAGUUCUAACUGACACUGAUUCCUUUUUACCAAGCAUGGCAGCAGACGAAAAUGUUUUGUCUCUGCUUGGUUAACCUUUAGGCUUCCUGAGUCUAGACCCUGAUUCCAUGUGAAGAACUUUUCCUCUAAUUCUUUGGGUGAUCUGGAAGUAUACCUUUAACAUAAUGAAUUCCCCCACUGACAGCCAAUCUUGAAGUCAUAGAAUUAAUUAUAAUAAAUAGCAAAGAGCAGAGAAGCAAGCUUUGAUGGACUUUAAAUUUCUCUGUGAACCUAUAACUAACUCCACCCUGUCAAAGAUUUUCUCUGGGUCAACAAACGGUCGGAUUAACGACUUGUUCUUUGCUAAUAACUUCUGUAUCUGUCUCACUAAGAAGAAGUCACCACUGGUUCUUUGCCUUGACCCAAACCACUGCGUCUCAUCAAAGCCAAUACUCUUUUGCAUCAACUCUGCUGGAAUUUGGAGUUGGGGAAGAAAUGGGAGUACUCAUCAUGGACAGCACACUAAUAGAAUUGGGUGGAAGAUAAAUCCCAAUUCAGAGUCUGUUGUGGUCAGUUUUGCUGGCCUAUUUAUCGGUUUUAUUCAAUAUAUCUGGCAUGUUGUGUUGUUUGUUAUUUACUGUGUGGAAAUGUAUUAUAGCAUGUAUCAAUAUUUAUGGAAAUACUCUGCAUGUAGCAUAUCAAUCGUGUGGAAUUUUACUUUUACGACAAGCACUAACUCAUCAGUGGAAAUACUCUGUUUGUGGUAAACAGAGUAACUUAAGAACUGUGAGUUUGUGUGGAAAAUUACUAUUAUAACAUAUCAGGUGUAUGUGGAAAUUUAUUAUAAUAACAUAUAUCAGUUUAUCAAUGGAAAACUAUGGUGACUAUAUCAACUGUGUUUGUGUGGAAACUAAUUUACUGUGGUGUUGUGAUUGGAAUUACUGUAUGUGGCAAAACAAAUGCAAACAUAUCAACUGAAUGCGUGGAUAUUUAGUUCUAAUAGUCUUUAUGUGGAAUAUUAUGUUAAAACAUAACCAUGUGGUUGGGGUUGGGGGGUCGUUCUGUAUUGAAGCUUUGGGUGUGUGAAGUUAUAUUGGUUCCACAUGGAUAUCAUCUGUGGAAAUUGACUUAUCAGCUCUGUGUGUGGAAAUAAUGCUGUCACACACAAUAAAAUUAACAUAUCACUGUAGUGAUAGAAAAUUAUAAUUAUGGGAUGUAGAAAUUAGAAAUUUUUAGUGUGGUAAGAAGCUUGCUUCCCAACUACAUGGUUCUGGGUUCAGUCCCACUGUGUGGCACCUUCGAUAGGUGUUUUCUACUAUAACCUCAGGUCAACCAAAGCCUUGUGAGUGGAUUUGGAAGACAGAAACUGAAAGAAGCUCAUUGUGUUUGUUUGUCCCCCGUCACCACUUGACAGCUAGUGUUGGUGAGUUUAUGUCCCUGUAACUUAGCAGUUUGGCAAAAGAGAUCAAUAAAAUAAAUACCAAACUUAAUAAAGAAAAGCAAAUCCUGGGGUCGAUUCAUUUAACUAAAAAUUCUUCAAAAUGGUGCCCCAGCAUUGCCACAGUCCAAUGACUGACUGACUGAAACAAAAGAUAAAAGAUACCACUAACUGUGGAAAUUUGCAUUGUAUAUGUGUGUGUGUGUGUGUGUGAGAGAGAGAGAGAAAGAGAGCAGCUGUUGCUGACACAAUAAUGCAAAUAUACCACUGACUGUGGACAUUACUGGUGGUGUGUGUGGAAAUGUUGCAUAGGCACACCACUACUGUGUGGAAAGAAUAUGAUGAAAUAUAUGACAUAUCAAGUAUGUGAGUGUGUGUGUGGAAAUGUUGCUCUUAAUAACAUGUUACUGACUAUGGAAAUUUCCUCUGUGUGUAUGUGUGUGUGUGGAAAUGUUGCUCAUCCCCUGCAAUAAUACACUAAUUGUGUGGAAGUUGUAGGAUGUGGCAAAGUUAUUGCUCAAACUUUGUUUAAUUUUCCCCUUGGAACUGUUUCAGUGAAAGUCAUUAAAGAAAUGCAUGAACACCACGGAUUCCCAUUUAUAUCUCAGUACAACCACAAUGACAAUAUUGUGUGUGUGUAUGUGUGGUUAUUUUUUGUCAUGUCUUAUGAAAUUUUAUUCAUGUUUUCUCAAAUUCCUGAUUGAGGUGGAGGUGUGGGGUACAAACCUCAUCUGAAUUCCACAUAGUUGUUUAUCAUCACACUACUAUGUUUGUGUGUGUGUGUGUGUGAGGUUCGUCUAUCCUUUUCUCUAUACAUCCAUCCUGUUUAUCUAUUCAUCCAUCCAUCUGUCUGUUUCUAAGAGAUGGCUUGGCUUGUGCCACAUCUCUUCAGUUAUUCCUCCUCUCAUCAUUUUGUCAUGUCCACAUACUCUACAUUCCAUGCUAGCCACUAUUCCUAGUAUUUCCUUCCCAAAAUGUCUGCCUUUUGAGACAUGCUCCUUGCUCAUAUCUUUCCCACAUGUGUUGACUUAUAAAGAUUCCUUAAUGGCAUCAGUCUCUCUGGACAAGGAGGCCUGUGAAAAUCAUGACCACUGUCCCACCAAAUUACAAAAGAAGUUUUAAUGUGUCUCAUUAAUUACUUAUUUGUAUAAUUACCUGUUAAUUUCACUGUCUCAUUGCCUCUCUGUUAAUUUCACUGUCUCAUUGCCUCUCUGUCCAUCCUUCUGUCUAUCACUCUGUUCCAUGUACAUUCCUGUAUCCUAACCCUAUUUACAUAUCUGUCUGUCCAUCUCUCUCUCUCUCUCUCUCUCCAUCACAUACACACACACACACACACACACAACUACACACCAACACAUGUAGAUAUGUGUAUUUUUAAAAAUUUUUGUUUAUUUUUGUGAUAUUUUAUCGAGUUUAUCAACAAUUGUGUUUCCCAUUUCUUCAAUAAAUCAAAAUUUGAAAUU